UACGGUCAACUAAUACAUUGGCACGCCGAAAGGCGUCGCCAUUUGUUAAAAUUGGAACGAUACAGAGAAGAUUAGCAUGGCCCCUGCGCAAGGAUGACACGCUCAAAUCGAGAAGUGUAAAAAAUUUUUUUGCUUGUGUGGCGUUAUUUUAAUGCGACUAUUUUUUUUCUACCAUGUGAAUAAGCAAUAUAAACAAAUCAUGUUCGUCGACAUUGACUUAUUGACGUUCAAGUGCAAUUUUUUUUUAAGACUAUUUCAUUUAAACAUACAUGGUGUAACAGAUUCCUUGUGAUGUUACGAGGAUAAGCAGUUUUACUUUCCUCGUUGCGGAAAAGCUGUAAUCUCAUUAGAUGACAUGCCUAAAAACAGUUUCAUUAGUGCCUUGUUUCUAUUAGAAACUGUCACAAAGUCUCUCCCAACAGUGUUUACGGGACACCCUAUGAAGUGUGCAAACAGAAAUUUACCAGUUGCAAAAACCUCAAUUCGUCUAAUAUCAUCUAAAACCCAUUCUAACAUUUUUAUUCCUAUAGACACUUUACAAAGAAGUUUUAAGGAUUUUUCAGUAAUUUCAUAUCAGUUUAAGACAGACAAUGUUCUUCAGCGGUGGUUUUCCUUUUGGAGAUGGUGACACACACAUGCCUUCAAGACAUUCUCGUGAAGUUAACAAUACAAAAUUUUAUCAGGUCUUGGGAGUUGAUCGAAAUGCGUCAGAGUCCGAGAUUAAAAAGGCUUAUCGCAAGUUAGCGGUGAAGCAUCAUCCUGAUAAAGGUGGUGAUCCCGAAAUGUUUAAAGAAAUUUGUCGAGCGUAUGAAGCAUUAAGUGAUAGCGAAAAAAGAAAAUUAUACGAUCAGUAUGGAGAAAAAGGGUUAGAAAAUUCAGGUGCCUCUGAUCCUUCAGACAUUUUUGAUCUUUUCUUUGGAGGUUCAAGAUCCAGACGACCACAAGGUAAAAGAAAAGGAGAAGAUAUUGAUUCUCCUCUUAAAGUAACGUUGGAACAAAUUUAUAAUGGUGCAUCAAGGCGCAUGGCUAUAAGUAAAGAUGUUAUAUGUGAUGUAUGUGAGGGGCAUGGAGGUCCAAAAGACGCCAUAGAAACCUGCUCAAAUUGCAAUGGAACUGGUGUUAAAGUACAAAUACGUCAAAUUGGUCCAGUCAUUCAACAAACACAAGCUCCUUGUCAUAGUUGCCGUAAUGGGAAAGUCAUAUCGGAAAAAAAUAAAUGUAAAAAAUGUUCGGGAGUAGGAACAUGCAAAGAACGUAAAGUUUUAGAAGUUUUUAUUGAAAAGGGAGCACCUGAUGGUCAUCGUGUUGUAUUUUCGGGUGAAGCGGAUGAAAAACCAGAUACUAUUCCCGGUGAUGUUAAGUUUACUCUUCAAUUACAGGAUCAUCCCGUAUUUCGUCGACAACAAAAUAAUUUAAUUAUGAAAAAAACGAUCACACUUUAUGAAGCAUUGACAGGGUAUAAAUUUAUCGUUCAACAUUUAGAUGGACGAAAACUACUUAUUAAAAGUAAUCCUGAAGAAACAAUCGAGCCAGGUUCUAUAAUGGCUAUUCCUUCUGAAGGUCUUCCUGUCUAUAAAAAUCCUUUCGAAAAAGGCAAUUUACUCAUUGAAUUCCGUGUCAAAAUGCCAUUAGGAAAUGAAUUGUUAUUACAGGGAACUGCUUUGAAAGCAACUCUUAAGAAGGUACUACCCACCCCAACGACCAAAAUUGAUGAAAACUCAGCUGAUCUGGAGCAUCAUUUUGUUACCAAAGUCACUGAUGAUAUGCAUUCUGGCUCGCAAGCCAGAGAGUCCUCUUAUGACGAAGAAAACGAUGAAACUGGUCAUAAAGUUCAAUGUAGACAGCAAUAAUAAUUCCAUUACCUUUCAUUUGGAUUCCUUUUGUAUUAUCAAUUUAAAAAAAAGAUGUUUUGCCUUUUUUUAUUUUCUGACUGUUAAAAAGAACAAAAGGCCAUUUAUGUCUGUUCGUUGUUUUUUAUCCCUAUAGUUUAUUUUGAAAAGUUAUCACCUUGUAUACUUUAUAAUAAAAAAUUACGAGGUAUUUCUUGUUAAAGAAAAGUUUUAUAUGUUUUGAAUAUUUGAUUUCUUUAAACUUUUUUAAACAUCAAAAAAAACUUUUUUUGUCGUA